AUGAUGGGGCAGGAAGGGGUGGAAAAAGCAGGGCUGGCUGCGCCUGGGGUGGAGGCAAGCAGCAGAGCAGGGGAUGCAGAUGGGUGCUGUGCUGUGCCAAUCUGCAGCUCGUGUAGAGGCAUUGGGGCAGAUCCCAGCGAGGCUCAUGGUGGUAGUGGUAGAGGUGGUGGUGUUAAGGGUGUGAGUGUUUUUGCUGAGGGUCAAGAAAGUCAUCCAGGUCAAGCAGGGGAGCUUGGUCAGGUGCCAGCGCUGGUGCUGACGAUGAGAGCUGCCCUUUUGGAGAAAGAAUUCCGGCAUCUAUCAGCGAUCUGCUCUGACUGUGGUGCAUUUCCUGCUGUCUCUAGGACAAACCAAGGCGAAGACAAUUCGUCCAGCUGUCAUGGGCGUUCAUUCGCUCCGUCGGUCACGCUAGGACGAUGCGGAUUAAUGAAGCACGCACUAACGAGUCGCCUGCGUCGCCAGCUCGCCGUGUUCUGGUCGCUAGUCCUCGCGACCGUUACAACGGCUGGUUACCACACCAUCUUCGCAACGGCCGCUAGUCCUGGGCUGUGGGAGCUAGUUUCACUGAAGCGUGUGCUAGCAGAGUCUUCCCCAGGAGCCCUUUCCGCUUACAGCGACACUGGGGAUCCGUGCAGUGGAGCAUGGGGAGAUAGAGUCACGUGCAACGAGGCAGGACAGAUCAUCACGCUAAACUUCACAGCGGAGGGGCUUACAGGGCCCUUACCAGGCAAGGAACUGUCGAGAUUUCGAACUCUACAAAGCCUUGAUUUCGGGCAGAACAGUUUCACGGGUAAAAUACCCCCGGAAAUGGCAUCACUAACCUCCCUAACGUAUCUGUCUCUGGCGUUUAACAACCUCACAGGCAAAGUCCCCUCAUGGCUCGGUCUCUCCUACCUCAACCUCGUCGAGCUGCACCUGAGCGACAACCACCUGGAGAAACCUCUACCUGAGAGCAUAGGCGGCCUUCAGGUGUUGCGAACAAUGGACCUGAGUCGGAACAGGCUGAUAGGUAGCAUCCCCCAGAGCAUCCACGGAUGCAACGCCGCCACACGCCUGAGCCUCGCAUUCAACUCCCUCACCGGCACCAUCCCAGCAUCCAUCGGAUCAAUGAGGAGCCUGCAGGCGCUUGACCUCCAGAGCAACCAACUUUCAGGAUCAAUACCGCAAGAGAUAGGGCAGGCCACCACACUCACUCUCUU